GACUCUGAUCUCUUUCUAGCGUUCAACAUGGCGCCCGAGGUAGACUAGCUGGAAACGUUAGCCAGCAACAACAUGAGCAAAUAAAUGGUUGCCAGUUUGACCUUUUAUCGUUUCGAAUCAAGCGGUUGAUUAGCUGGUAUGCAGGAAAGUAACGCGUGUAAUUAAUUUAGCCAACCGACAGAUUAGGUGAAAUAAUGGAAACUCGAGGUAUAGAACAGAUGUUUGACUUCCAGCGGUUGCCAAACGAUGGACUGGUCCUUUUGCUGGUAUUGCUUUACUCUCCAGUUGGCCUGUGUUUGAUGUUACUACGACUCUUCGUAGGUGCACAUGUGUUUUUGGUGAGCUGUGCACUCCCAGACAGUCUUGCUAGAAGAUUCAUUGUGAGAAUAAUGUCCUCAGUCCUUGGUAUGCACGUGAGACAGAACAGCCCACGUUUAAGAGACAAAAGCACAAAACUGUACAUCUGCAAUCACGUGACCCAGUUUGACCACAACAUUGUCAAUCUUCUGACUUCCUGCAAUACGCCCAUGCUGGAGGACUCUGCAGGAUUCGUGUGUUGGGCCAGAGGCUUCAUGGAGCUGGGUGCCAUAUCGGGCCAAGAUGAGAUAGAGGAGUCCCUCAGGAGAUACUGCUACUCUCCAGGAACUCUGCCCCUGCUCCUCUUCCCCGAGGAGGACACCACCAACGGGCGCGCUGGCCUUCUCAAAUUCAGCUCCUGGCCUUUCUCCAUGACUGAUUCCAUUCAGCCUGUGGCCUUGCAAGUGAAGAGGCCAUUUGUAGCUCUGAGCACGCCAGACUCCUUUUGGCUGACAGAACUGUUGUGGACCUUUUUCGUCCCAUGUACAGUGUACCAUGUAAGAUGGCUCCCACCUGUAUCUAGACAAGAUGAAGAGUCCCUUCAAGAGUUUGCCAACAAAGUCCAAGAGCUUCUAGCCACUGAGCUCGGCGUGGUCUCUACACAGAUUACCAAAGCAGACAAAGCAGAGCACAUCAAGAGGAAAAGGCACAUUGCACCACGCACCCCAAACUCAAAUCUGGGUGCCAGACCACGUCCAGUUCCCCUGGGCUUCAUGGUCCGCAGCUCUGGGGUGGAGGAGCUUAGUAUCAGCAGGAUGGCCCAGCAGGUGAAGGAGGUUCUGCCUGACAUCCCCCUCGGCAUCAUCACCAGAGACCUGGUGCAAACCAACUGUGUGGACACCACUAUCACUAACCUGCUGGAGAGCACUGAGGAGUUCCCAGUGGAGGCCACAGGCGGAGCCACGUCUGCACCAGGCCCAGCCUGGAGGUCCGUCUCUUCUUCAGCUGCACCCGCUCCCACCAUUAAGCCUGCUGCCAAACCUUUUGGGAAAUCACCAGUAGACAGACACAUGUCCCUACAAGAGAGGAAAGAGGCCUUGUAUGAGUUUGCAAGAAGACGCUACAUCGAAAAGCAUGAACUGGAGCAGGAUGACAACCUCUGAACAAUAUCUGAUUGCUGGGAAUCGUGUUAGGAAUGACAGUCGUUAAAAUCAAAUAAUUGUACAGACAAUAAGUGUACUGGAGUGUAUGGAGAGCAGAGCAGAGUGGAGAGUUUUUGUUGACCCACACGUACAGGAGGAAGACAUUCUGAAGAUUUCAAUGGAUUUUGUUUGCCAUGCAUGUCUUUUUAAUUGUUUGUCCUGGCAAAAAUAUUAUUUUGAUAACAAUUUCUAAUAAGACCCAGUGACCGUGAAACGUCUCAUUACUUUUAUAAUGGCAGAGGUGGUGGUAAAAACAAAGUAUCUUGCUCUGCUUUCAGAGAAGACUCAUCAGGUCUUAGGUUCAUUAUGAUUUGACAGUACGUGUUUCUGCGGUAUACAUUUUUAAAGUAAAUAAAAUCAGUCAUUUAUAAAUGCAA